AUGGGCAAACUACGCGUCUCGGAUUCGGAAGCCCUCGUCCUCGUCCAAUCUCUCCGUCGUGUCCCGCCGCCGCUGGACAUCCGCCGCUGCAGCGAAGGCGGCGAUCAUCUCGUCUGGACGGUAAACGACGCCCUCGUCCUCCGGGUUCCGGCCGACCAGGGCAGCGGCGAAGAGCCGCUGCUCCGAGAGAGGAGACUGCUUGAGCUGCUGCUAAGAAAUGAUGAACUCGCACCCCUUGUCCCGCCGUGUAUUGACGUCGGGGUUUGGAACCCCCACGGCCGGCAGUACGCUUUGUACCACAAGGCGAAGGGUGUGUCUGUGGAAUCGGACCCUCGGGGAGUGACGAAGAGCACCGAGGAUGAUUUGGUAGCGUUCUUGGUCGGCCUAGGAGGCGUGCGUGUUGGUGACGCCCUGGGCAUUGGCGUUCCGGAGGGCGAGGAGGCGGAUUUGGAUGAACUGCGCGGUCGUGCGACGGCGGCUUUGGACGUUUUAAGGAGGAGGCGACAGUUGAUGGAGUUGGACGAGGUCAUUUCGCUGGAGAAGCUGGACGCCCCCUGGCAUGUUCAGCCUGGCAGCAGCGGGGAACAUGUGUUUCUCGACGCGGCCGGUCGGGUUACGGGCGUGAUUGACUGGAGCGAUGCCCGGGUUGGCUGUCCGUCGGUUGAGGUUUCCGGGCUGGCGGUGGCUGUUGGUGCCAGGAUGGCAGCCCGGGUGGCGAAAAGGGCGGGAUACGAGGCGGAUAUCGUGUGCAAGGGCGUCAUCAUGGCCCGGUGUAAUGGUGUUUUGGGCUUGGAGGCCAUCUUGCGAGGGGACGAUGAUAGCCCGGAGCUGUUGGUGAGGAGGCAACUGCGGAGAGCAUUUGAAGAGUUUGACGCUUGA